AUGCUCAGGAAUUUGUUUAAAGGUGAGGAUAAAAGCCACGGUGAAUCCGAUGUUGUAGACAAGCAAGGGAACUGGUUUAAUCGGCUCAAGUCCGGCUUGGCGAAAACCCGGGACCAGUUCCUAUCUCAAUUGUCAGGGCUCCUCCGGGUUGGAAGAAGAAUUGACGAAGAAUUGAUGGAAGAAAUCGAGGAAAUUUUAAUCCAGUCAGAUGUAGGAGUUGAUACAACCUUGACGUUAAUGGAUAAUGUUAGAGAAAGGGUGAAGGCGGAGGGAUUGAGCGAUUCGUCAGAGUUGGCAUCCGUUUUAAAAUCGGAAAUCCUGAAUUUGCUUGGAGAGGAUGUGCCGUUGCAAAUUAAAGAUGAGAAACCGUAUACGAUUUUAGUGUUGGGUGUGAAUGGUGCGGGAAAAACGACAACUAUUGGUAAACUCGCAAGUCGCUUUACUACGAGCGGACACCGCGUGCUCGUUGCUGCGGGUGAUACGUUCCGUGCGGCAGCGGAGGAUCAGCUCAGUAUUUGGUGUGAGCGCGCUGGAGCAGAACUCAUCCGGGGCGGCGAAAAUGCUGAACCCGCUUCUGUCGUCUUCGAUGCAAUUCACGCGGCGAAGCAUCGCGAUGCGGAUGUACUCAUCGUAGAUACCGCUGGCAGACUACAUACCAAAAAACCGCUGAUGGAUGAAUUGUCGAAGAUUGGACGUGUGAUGGAGCGAGCACACACCGGUGCACCGCAUGAGGUACUGCUUGUCGUUGAUGGGACGGUGGGUCAGAACGCUCUGAUGCAGGCGAAGGUUUUUAAUGAUACGGUGCCGAUUACGGGAGUAGUCGUUACAAAACUCGAUGGCACUGCCAAAGGGGGGAUCGUAAUCGCGGUGAAUGCGGAAAUCGGCGCACCCGUCAAACUUAUCGGCAUUGGUGAGAAACUCGACGAUUUGCGAGAUUUCGCGGGUGCAGAUUUCGUUGAUGCACUCUUCGCAGAUGAAACAGCAGAAGCGUAA